AUGGGGGCCUGCUGGAGCGGGCUCUGCGGGCCAUCGGCCACGGAUGAUGAGCAGCAGCGGCUCAUCAAUGACAACCAGCCGACCGAGCCGCAGGUCGACUGGGCCAAGAUCGCAGCGGACUAUGCCCUGUCUCGGCGCCUUCCCCGGCCGCCGCGGCAGCCGUCGGUCCUGGUGUCGGUGACCUACGCCGAUAGUGUGCUGGCGCUCUCGGUGCACAUGGCCAGCCGCCUGCCGCAGCUGGCCCCGGACGCGCCGUUCCCCCUGUACUCCUUCCACUUGACCCUGCUGCCGGACCCCUCGUUCCUGGAUCACACCUCCAAGCCGUCGGUCCACCGGAGCAAGACAUCGCCGCCGCUGCCGCACCGGAGCUCCGGCGGCAACAUCACCGGCAAGAUUGAUGUCCAGUUCGAUGAAACCUUCAUCUGGCGGCUGGAUGCGCUGUGCCCGCCGGGGGCCUCGCCCGACGACCGGGCCACCCUCCUGCCGACCAACCUCGAGACCACGGUCUUCAUUGCCUUGCACUUCCAAUCGGACGGCUCGGACAAUGCCUCGCAGGUGGUCGGCCAUUGCCUGUACCCGAUUCACGCGCUGCUGCCCAAGAAGCCGCCCAAGUCCACCAGCAAGCCGCACGACCUGGUCGAGCCGCGGUGGAUUGUCAUGGACCCGGCCCCGGCGGCGGUGCCGAUUUCCCAGCCGCCGGGCCUGACCGGGACCCUCGGGGCGCAUGGCGACACGCUGGCCGGCCAGCCUGCCUCGCUGCCCUCCUCGUCCGGGUCCUCGCUGUCGCCUGCCUCGCUGCCCUCCUCGUCCGGGUCCUCGCUGUCGGUCGGCUCGCUGCCCGGGCUGUCGCUGCUGGGGACCCGGCGGCGGCCGGCCGCCGUGGCCCCCCAACGGGCCGGCCCGAUUGCCUAUGCCAAGCUGCGCUUUGAGGGGAUGGACACCGGCACUCCGGUCGUUCUGAUUGAGGAGGCGCGCGUGACCAAUCCCGAGUCCAUCGAGGCCGACUCGCCGCUUGAUUUUUAUGUUAAGAUUUACGCCGUGCCGGAUGACAAAAAGCGCACGAAGCAAAAGACCACCGUCAAGAAGGGCUCCUACGCGCCAUACUUCCACGAGCCCUUGCGCUUGAUUCCCCCCUCGAAAGGCACCCCGGUCAGCGUGCUGCAGGUGAUCCUCUGCCAUGCGAAUAAGAUGCGCCAUCGGAAUUUGGCCGAUGUGAUCAUCGACAUCCCGGCGGCCCUGGCCGACCAGCAGGCUGGCCGGUGGGACGGGUGGCUGCCACUGGAGCUGGCCCCCGCGGCGCCGGGGUCCCCGUACACGCCGUAUGCCUGGCCACGGGCCGCCGAGGGGGCCGCCAUGUCGAGCCCGCGGCCCCCGGGCCACCUGCGCAUCCCGGCGGCCGACCAGGCGGCCGCUCCAUCGGCAUCCGGCACGCUGGUCGGCUCGCCGGCCGGGGCAUCUGGCAUGGCCGGCGGAACGGCGGCCCUUUCGCCGGGGCCCGGGGCCGGGGCCAGCCUCUCGUCCCCGGACCGGCUGGGAGUCACCUACCACGUGCCGGGGGGCGCUGCGGGCCCGAGCAGCCCGACGGCCGGCUCGCGGGGGCCGGUCUCGCCCGGCGGCCCGAGGACCCCGGUGGGCGCGGCGCAGCCGGCCAUCUCGACGCCGGCCUCGGCCCCGGGCACCGAGGGGGGGAUGAUCAUCCACCUGGAGGUGGACGACUCGCAGGAGCUGGACUCCGCACUGGAUGUGGACUUCUCCCCGUCGGGCGGGCAGUCGCGCGGCGGCACAUUGGACUCCAACUGGUCCAGCUUCACGUCGAACUUCACAGCCACCCUUGGCGGGUCGCGCGGCGGCAGCACCGGCGGCCGGGCAUCGUGGCGCCGGCGCGACGCGUCGCCGGACCCCCGGGGGUCGGGCACCCUCACCGAUGUCGAGUCGCUGGCCGUGCAGGAGGACCCCCAUGAGGAUACCUUUGUUUCUCUGGCGGCCGAGGGGGGCGCCAGCUCGCCCGGGUAUGCCGGGACCUUUGCCAGCAUCGCCUCCUCGCACUUUGGAACCGUCGGCCUGACGGCCGAGGAAAAGCGCCGGGCCGAGGACCUGCGCCGUGACGACCUCCUGGUAGAUGACAUGUCGGAGGAGGAUGACUUUUGA